UCCACUGUGACGUCAUUUCACGUCGUUGCUAGUGCAUUGAACAACACAUACACCAACUGCACAAAUAUGGGGAAGUCAGGAUGUUUACCGCCCGGCAGCUGCCGGUGGCUCGUGCAAUUUAAGAAUUCGAUGAAUGCCAGGAUGGCGAAAUUCAAAAAUGACUUCCGGCGGAAGUUUUUUCGUGACAACAAGCAUCUGGGACAGCUACGUGCCGACCAACUUCACAAUGAGACGGGAACCCGAGAUAUGGAAAUCACGAAACAGAUGUCCAAGCCUGCAGCGGACAGUAGUGUCCCUAAACAGAAGGUCGUCAAGAAAUCAACUAACGGUUAUCAACCCUCCUUGUAUGCUGAAGAAGCAAGUCCCGAGAUUCAACGGACUCAAGUUGUAAAGAAUUCAAACGACGAAAACAACCGGAACUCUUCGCCAAAUUGUCGCGAUUCAAGCCAGGUCACAAUCAAAGCCGUUGUUCACGAACACACUCCAACCCGUUCCAAGGAAGAAGAACUAGAUGAAUUCGUGACUACAGUCAUCCGCAACUCUGUGGCACAUCUGAUCAAGGAAGCCAGCGUUGCGUACCUAAUGAAAGACUCAGCGGAGAACUUGCUGAAGAGAAACGACAGCAAUGUGGAAACAACCGGCAAACACGUUAUCAAGGAUACCGACACCACCAACCAACACGUGGUCAUUGAUACCGACACCACUAACGAACAUGUUGUCAUUGAUACCGACAUCACCAACGAAAAGGUUGCCAUUGAUACCGACACCACCAAGGAACAGGUUGUCAUUGAUACCGACACCACCAAUGAGCGCGUGGUCAUUGAUACCGACACCACGAACGAACACGUGGUCAUUGAUACCGACACCAACAACGAAUGCGUGAUCAUUGAUACCGAAACCACCAACGAACAGGUUGUGAUUGAUACCGACACCACCAACGAACGCGUGGUCGUUGAUACCGACAACACCAACGAACGCGUUGUUAUUGAUACCGCCACCGCCAACGAACACGUAGUAAUUGAUACCGACACCACCCACGAACGCGUUGUCAUUGACACAGACAACACCAACGAACGCGUUGUCAUUGAUACCGACAUCAUCAAAGAAUCCAACGCUAUGAACAUCAUCAAGGCGUCAUCCGAGAUCGUCCUGAAGGAACAGGGCGACAAUUUCGACAUCUGCUACGAACAGGUUGUCAAGGAAACCGACAACGUUUCCGUAUCUUCAAGCGUGUUAAGCGCUUUUGCUGAGAGCGCAGUGAAGGCUAGUCUGUUUGAGAAGGAUGUCGUCGACAACGUUAACCAGUCCGCGAUGGUCCCAACGUCCGCCGUCAAGGCUCGCAGAUCACCAAGGACAGUGAAGGAAUUCUUAGAGAUGAUUGGAGUACCUGAUUGCCGGGACAGCUCCAGCCUUCACCUUCCCGACGUCGACAUUUAGACAUUUAAAUUAAGCCCCAGUCUCAUAUAAGCACGGUUGGCUACGGCAGUUCCGAAUCAUCACGAAUACACCCGGAUCAAGAUCCGGGACGAUCCGUGGACUAGUUGGUUUCUAAGCGUCAAAGGUUUUACCAAGAUCAUAACGUCGGUGACAACACGGCACCUAACCGGCCACACGUACAAACACGGACAUACCCGGCAGCAUUACGCAAACAACACGGAACACUCAGAACUACACGGCAGAGACACUUACCAUCAGGUUGGUUUUCGGUGCAUCCAUUAUUUUACAAUCAGAUCUCGAAAGAGUAUCCUCGAAACUUUUCAUUUUUUAUGUGACUCUUAAUUGCAUAAUAUUUUCAGUUUUUUAUUAUCACACAGCAUAAAAUCUUGCACAUAUAAGUAUCAUAUCAUGUCUUAAAUUUUGGACACGGACCCGGCUUCUAAGCUGAAGUAGGCCCGACGAUAUUCGCGUUGGUUAUUUGUUUCCGCUUUGAUUGCGUUCAAAGAUAUCCGAAAACACAUCUAUGAGCGUGUUUUCGUUUUGUCAUUGUCCUGGUUUGAUGUUGUGAUAAUUGUCCAACUCGUCAACAGCACUCGCAUUUUUAUGGUCAUAGCGAAGUGAAGAUUCAGGAUCAGGCAGGCAGGCACACCAUUCCCUUGAUUAUGGUUUUCUGCUCUUGAACACUUGAAAACCCCGGUCGAAUUAUUGCUACCUACUUCCAGCAAAAUGAAUAUGUAGCAGGUGUCGACCAAUGUCAAAUGUAUUAUGGA